AUGUAUAUAAGAGAACAAGAUGAAGACAUUUCAACAGAACCUGUAGUUUACAUAUGUGGAGAAUGUGGAAUUGAUACAAUAAUACCACCAAAUGCCUCACUCAGAUGUAAAAACUGUGGUUCAAAGAUAUUCUUUAAAAAACGAAGUAGAAGAGUAAUGCAAUAUGAAGCUCGUUAA